UACUUUCUGUCAACGUCAUGGUGAAUUCAUGUCGAUUUGGAGAAAAUCGCCGAUUUCCGUCGUUCUAGUAGAGGAAAAUCAUGAAAAAAUAACUGAAAAUUACUAAUCGUUUAAAGUUUUUGUCACCGGGCGUGCGUUGCCUCGACCAUGGCCCGGCGAUACCACGACGCAGCUGCGAAAUUGCAGCUAAAUGUCCAGAAACAUUUGAAGGGGAUGAAAGAGCUUUCUUCGUCGGAAGAUGAGGAACCGUACGAGUCCAGCGUCCUCGAGGGCGUGCUGCAGAGCUACAGGAAUGGCGGCGGCGACGCGCACAUGCUCAACCGCACGAAGAACAUGCUGGAGGAAGCGAUUAGCGGCCGCCCCGUAACAUGUCUCAUUUGCAUCGGCUCCAUCAAACGCGCCCAUCCCAUCUGGACUUGCGACCACUGCCACUCGUACUUCCAUCUCUCCUGCAUCCAGAAGUGGUCCAACGACAGCAUUAGCCUGCGUAGCGAGGAGAACCACGGACCCAUCGCGGUGUUUGUGCCCAAGAAAAUCGAGUGGUGCUGCCCUAAAUGCCGGCAGUCGUAUAGUAAAGAGGAAAUUCCUCGCAAGUAUCGCUGUUUCUGUAGCAAGACUGAUGACCCUCCAUUCCAUCCAUGGUUGAUUCCACAUUCGUGUGGAGAGGUGUGUGAAAAAAGGUUGUCAACAGGAGAUAAUUGCAAACAUAAAUGUCUGUUGAUAUGCCAUCCUGGUCCCUGUCCACCGUGCCCACAAACUGUCAAUGGAGUAUGUUUCUGUGAGAAGGAACGUAAGAGAGUUCGCUGCAGUGCAUCAAAAUGGUCUUGUGGCCAACAGUGUAAGAAAUUACUCUCAUGCAAAUCUCACAAAUGUGAAAAUGUUUGCCACGAGGAUGCGUGCGCUCCUUGUACAUAUACAAGUGUCCAGGCCUGUCUGUGUGGUGCUGAGAAGGUCAAAAGACCAUGCAAUGAUCCUCUAUGGCGCUGCCAGAAGCGUUGUAACAAACCAUUCUCAUGUGGUUACCAUAAAUGUGAAGAAAUAUGUCACUCAGGUGAUUGUGGUGACUGUCCCAAUUCUGGGAUGCGGUCAUGUCCUUGUGGAGCUAAUCAGAGAUUUGUUCAGUGCCCUGAUGUCAUGGAGACCUGUAAGGGCACCUGUGGAAAGACUAAGGAUUAUUGUGAACACACUUGCCCAGAGAAAUGCCACAAAGGCCCCUGUCCACCAUGCCAAGUGUUGAUUGAAAAAAAGUGUCAAUGCAGCACACAUGUGAGAUCAUUACCUUGCAGUAAGGAGUAUAAGUGCGAAACCAAGUGCCGAGGCAUAAGACCUUGUGGAAAACAUGGUUGUGCUCGUAAAUGUUGCAAUGGAAACUGUCCGCCAUGUGAGAAAAUCUGUGACAAGCCUCUGCAGUGUGGUCGUCAUAAAUGCACAAUGGUAUGCCAUCACGGUCCAUGCUAUCCUUGUCCCAGGGAAUCCAAAGUAACUUGCCGCUGUAAAGAGACCUAUGUAACAGUUCCGUGUGGUAGAGAGAAACACACUAAACCUCCUAAAUGCAGUCUCCUGUGCGCGCUUAAAUAUAAAUGUGGCCAUGUCGAUGAAAACAAACAUUCCUGCCAUUUUGGUGAUUGUCCUCCUUGUAAGGCAAUAUGUCAUAAGCAGUAUGAGAAUUGUGAACAUGACUGCAGAGCUGUUUGCCACGCAUUUGUUAGAGUAGUUUUUAAGCAAGUAGAGAAGCCCGCUACUCCAUGGGAAGUGCAGCCACCAAAAACUAAAGUAAUGACUCUUGAAUGUCCACCAUGUGAGAUUCCGGUUCCUAUUGUUUGCUUUGGGGAACAUGAAACAGCAGAUCAACCAUGCCAUACUGCUUUGCGCCGCCCCUGUGGUCGUGAAUGUGGCAGAGAACUUCCCUGCACCAAACACAAGUGCAAACUGCUGUGCCACUUGCACACAGCCGAUCCUAACUAUCCUAAUGUUCCUUCUUCCUGCGAACCAUGCAAUAGGGAAUGUCUAGCCCCAAGACCAGACAGGUGCAGCCAUAAAUGUGCUAGAGGUGUUUGCCAUCCAGGAGCCUGUCCUUCCUGUGAAGUCAUAGAAAAAACUCCAUGUCACUGCAAAGUUACCGAAUUAUACUUGCGAUGCCGUGAACUGAGUACAGCUACAGAAGAAAUGCUGUCAUGCAAGCAGCAGUGCCCUAAGAAUCUGGAGUGUGGGCACAGAUGCAGAAACCUGUGCCAUCCAGGCCCCUGUGCAAGUCAAGUCUGCACAAAGAAAACAAAGGUCUACUGUCCAUGCGGAAACUUGAAGAAGGAUGCUCCUUGUAAUCUUGUAAGGAGUGGUGAAGGGAAACCUUCCUGUGACUCCACUUGUGAAGAAAAACGCAUUGCAGCUGAGUUAGAAAGAGAAAAAGAAGAAAAGAGACGUAAAGAGAUUGAGGAGGAGAAAAAUCGCAAGGAGUUGGCGGAAUAUGAAUGGAAGUUGAGUGGAAAGAAGAAGAAAUAUAAAGAAAAGAAGGUUGUAGCGAAUAGGGAUGACCGGAAUCUGUUGCAAAAGUAUUGGAUUCCUAUCGUUUCGGUCUUAGUUGUUGUAAUUUCUGCUAUUUAUUUCAUAUUUUAUAUUUGAUGGGAUGGGAUUUGUUUAUUAUAAUCAGUAAGGCCAAUUUUUUUUUUAUUACCGGAUGUAAAUUGUAUUAUUUAUAAGCAUACU